AUGGCCUGCCCUCCACGCGAUGCUUUCCAGAUCGGAUGGAUCUGCGCCCUUCCGAUUGAGGCUGCUGCUGCCACAGAAAUGCUGGAUGAGAAUUUUGGGAUUCUCCAGGAGCAAGAUGCAGCUGAUACCAACACCUACAUAUUGGGCCGAGUUGGCAAACACCAUGUUGUAAUCGCUUGUCUCCCAGGAGGCCAAUACGGAACAACCUCAGCAACCGCCGUCGCGAAUGAUAUGAUUCGUACAUUCUCUAAAUCACUUCGUGUGGGACUGAUGGUCGGUAUUGGGGGUGGAAUUCCGUCGGCUACUCAUGAUAUUCGGCUCGGCGAUAUCGUGAUUAGCUACCCCCAGGGCACUUGUGGUGGGGUGAUACAAUACGAUAUGGGAAAAGUGGUCACUGGAGGUGAAUUUGAACGAACUGGAUCGCUGAACAGACCCCCACGGGCUUUAUUGGCUGCAGUCAGCGCGAUGAGGGCUGCUGAGCUAACAGACGACCCUCGGUAUCCUGAAUUCCUCCGUAACGCCGCUCAAAGAACACCACGAACGGGAAGAAUUUCGCCCGACCAAAAACAGAGCUCGAUCGACUGUUUAAGCCACAGCAUGAGCACUCCACGACUGCCAGUACUUGCACUAUAUGCCUGGUCGAAUGGGAGGUGA